AAGUAACCCAAACCCCCCAACGAUCCGGGAACAAAAAUCCCCUAAAAACCAGUGAAUAAUAAUAACAACAAUGGCAGAAGAGGAAGUAGUGAUCGAAGUGGAGGCUGCACAAUCCGUGUACGGUGACGAUUGUCUGGUUAUCUCACAAUACCCACCUCAUCUCAACCUUCUAAUCAAGCCCAGAACCGCUGAUGUUUCCUCUCAACAGUUUGUGGAAGCCGUUAUAGGAAUACGAGCAAGUUCCAAGUAUCCAGAUGAACCACCGGACAUCAUGAUUAUAGAUUCCAAGGGUCUAGAUCAACAACGACAAAAUCAUCUCGUAGCCGGUAUCCAUAACAAGGCUUGUGAACUCUCUUCAACUUCGAUGCUUGUAGCACUUUGCGAGGAAGCAGUAGAGAAGCUUACGAGCAUGAAUCACCCUGAUGGAGAUUGUCCUUUGUGUUUAUCUCCUUUGCUCGACGACGGUGCAUCGGAUAAUGCUCAAUCGUUUAUGAAACUGAUGUCGUGUUUCCAUUGCUUCCACCGUGAAUGUAUAAUAAGGUGGUGGAAAUGGCUCCAGACGCAUAAAGAAACCGAUCGUGCUAAUUCAUCCAGUCUACAUGAGAUUAAAACUCAAUCAGAUAUGAAUAAAGACCCUGAAGACGGGAUGGGUACUUGCCCAGUGUGCCGUAAGGUGUUCCAUGCUAAAGACAUUGAACACGUGCUCGACUUGGUGGAGGGUUAUUCUCAGUUGAAUCUUGAAAAUGCCGACGACAUAGAAAAUGACACGCUUCUUCACUCGGAUUCCGAAAACACAAGGCGGCAGAAUUUCGAGGUCAUCCUGAAGCUACAGCAGGAGAACAACGGCUUGAUUGAGCCUAAAAAGACUGAAGUUUUGAUGCCCGGAAUGUUCCUUCCCCGCCCCGCCCCCACCACAUCAACCGCCGCCACCUCAGAUAAAGAAGCCAUCAAUAGUGAACAUGUAACCGAAACUAAAACGAAUGGUGGUGUUUCUAAGCUGAGUAGCAGUAACCGUAGAAACUGGAGGCCAAGAAGCAACCGCACCACCUCUGUCGCCACAUCAGACAAAGAAGCCAUAAAUGGUGAACAUGCGACUGAAUCUAGAACGGAUGGUGGUGUUUCUAAGGCGAGUAGCAGUAACCGUAGAGGCUCGAGGCCUAGAGGCAAUUACAGAGGGAAUAAUUCAAGAGGUCAAGUUAAUAGACAAUGGGUUAUUAAAGAGAAUGGAAAUGCCAAGUGAAGGUUUAUGUUAUAUUACAAUUUUGUUCACAUUACUACACUUUUUUUUAAUCUCUUUUUUUACAAGGGUGUGUUGUUCUUUUUGUAAUCAAAAGAACAGUUUGUUGGCGGCGCAGUUUGUUGCUCGUCUACCUGCUAUCCUUAUGUAAUUUGCCUUGAUGAUUGGAAUGAAAAUCUAGUUCUUUAAAAAAAAAAA